ACCCCAGCCAGGCGCCACAUAGCAGCAGAGCUGUCUCCUGAGAAGACAGGCGACCCCUGAUCGCUUCCUUCCUCAGCACUACCGAGCUGUCUCUAGUCUGUCCCACCACUGCAAGAGGUUGUGACCCCAAACAUCGUGCCAGGUGACAUUUGAAAGCUCUGAUCUCUGUCAUUUUGACUGUGAUGUUGCAGUGGGCAGGGCCAGGCAGCCAAUCUUUCCCUGUACCCUUAUCUGCUCUAUGCUAAUCGCUUUGCCUGGGGCUUCAUAAAGUAGCUGACUGCACCAGAGAGGCUCCCUUUUCCCUGUUCUGUGGAUCCUAUUCAGUGUGUUGAGGGGAGGAGAAAGAUCCUGUGGAUUAUAUGACUGCCACUUCAUAGCUGCAUUCCAACAUGAGAACUAAGACAGAAAAGUCGCCUCUGAAAGCUUUCAUGAAACAGAGAAGAAUGGGAUUGAAUGACUUUAUUCAGAAGAUCUCCACCAACACAUAUGCCUGCAAGCAUAAUGAAGUGCAAUCCAUCUUGAAUAUUUCACAGCCUACGGAGCCAGAACUGUUAAACGGCAAUCCCUCACCCCCUCCCAGCCCAUCACAACAGAUCAACCUUGGUCCAUCAUCCAAUCCUUGUGCCAAGCCAUCCGACUUCCAGUUUCUGAAAAUCAUCGGGAAGGGCAGCUUUGGAAAAGUGCUCCUGGCGAGACACAAAGCCGAUGAAAAAUUCUAUGCGGUUAAAGUUUUACAGAAGAAAGCGAUCCUUAAGAAAAAAGAGGAAAAACACAUAAUGUCAGAGCGCAACGUGCUAUUAAAAAACGUCAAGCACCCUUUCCUGGUUGGGCUUCACUUCUCCUUCCAGACGGCCAGCCGCUUAUACUUCAUUUUGGACUACAUCAAUGGUGGAGAGCUUUUCUACCAUCUACAAAGAGAACGUUGCUUCCUGGAACCAAGAGCUCGCUUUUAUGCAGCUGAAAUAGCCAGCGCACUGGGAUACCUGCAUUCUCUGAAUAUUGUGUACAGAGACUUGAAGCCUGAGAACAUAUUACUGGAUUCACAGGGUCACAUUGUGCUUACUGAUUUUGGACUGUGCAAGGAGAACAUUGAACCCAAUGGCACCACCUCUACUUUCUGUGGCACCCCAGAGUAUCUAGCACCAGAGGUUCUUCACAAACAGCCUUAUGACAGAACAGUUGACUGGUGGUGCUUAGGAGCAGUACUGUACGAAAUGCUGUAUGGCCUGCCACCGUUUUACAGCCGUAAUACAGCCGAGAUGUAUGACAACAUCCUGAAUAAGCCCCUGCAACUGAAACCAAACAUAACCAACUCAGCCAGGAAUCUCCUGGAGGGCCUUCUGCAGAAAGAUCGCACUAAGAGACUCGGUGCCAAGAACGACUUUAUGGAGAUUAAGAACCACAUCUUUUUCUCUCCAAUUAACUGGGAUGAUCUCAUCAAUAAGAAGAUUACUCCUCCUUUUAACCCAAAUGUGAGUGGCCCAAGCGAUUUGCAACACUUUGAUCCUGAAUUCACAGACGAGCCAGUUCCAAAUUCCAUUGGCCAGUCAUCUGACGGCAUCCUCGUAACAGCCAGCAUUAAAGAGGCAGCAGACGCUUUUAUGGGCUUCUCCUAUGCCCCACCCUUGGAGUCCUUCCUUUGAGAAAGGUUUCUGUCACCGUGUGCUCACGUUUAGUCAAGUCACAAAAGUUGCACAUCCUUCAUGACAGCAUCACAGCCUUAAUUUCAACAUGACCAGUUUUUCUGGAAGAACGCACAGUGGAGCUUAGUCAACGAGGGAAAAAUAAGUGACUUUAUUAAAGGCAUGGCCUUCAGCCGUGAUGGGCUGAUUUCAUGAAGAAAUCAGCCCUGCCAGUGAGAUUGCAGAUUCCAGACUUUGUAAGCAGAUUGAGGAGUUUCGUGAAGAGUCAUCAAAGUGGGAGAACAUCCGAGGUUUUACUAUGAUUUGUCUUCUUUUGCAACGUGCCUUUCUCAAUCAGAGGUCCUGAAUAGCUUGAGAACUGUCUAAAUGAGAUGGAAUUUCUUGGCUGGUGGACUCUGCAUUCACAAGUGAACAGUGGUAUGAGUGUGACUCACAAUUGCAGUAUAACUGUGAUUGUCACACAUUAAUGUGACACUAAUUUUGGGGCAUUGUACCGUUUUUCUUCCAUAUGUGGAAG